AUGAAAUGUUUAACCAUUAUUGUUAUUGCAGUGGCCUGUGUUCUCCUGAUAGUUGUUCCUGCUAUAGUUUGGUACUGUCUGUCGGAUGAAGGGUCAGAGGAGGACUCCUCUUCUGGGACUCUUACUAUGACAAGCGGUGGUUCGGAUAAUAACAAAGAAGAUUCUUGGUUAGGUGGGCAAUCUGAGGAUGAAACUGCAGAUGAGGAUGCACAGGAGGGCAGCACAGUGCCAGGUUACCGCAUAUAUGUUGUGCAACCUGGUGAGGAACAGGGCGCGAAUCCUACUGGCGAAGAGACUGAGAAAGGUGCUGGUGAAGAGACCGAGGAAGGUGCUGGUGAAGAGACCGAGGAAGGUGCUGGCGAAGAGACCGAGAAAGGUGCUGGUGAAGAGACUGAGAAAGGUGCUGGUGACGAGGCAGGGGAUACGGGUAAGGGAACAGAAGAGCGCACUGCGGGUAAUAAUGGUAAGGAAAAAGCAAGAGAGACAGAAGGCAAUGCUGAAGAAGGUGCAUAG